CAAAGAGUGAGUUUCUUAUGGCAGACGUAACGGAAAAGGCAGGAGGCCUUGGUGCUGGGGAGAAGGAGGGCGAGGAUGCCUUCGAGUCAUCUGCAUUCGAGUGAGCCCCCACCAACGAAUGAAAGCGGUGCGCACAUCUCGUGCUGCUCACGGCUGUCUGUGCACUGCAGGGCCCUCGAGAAGGACUUCCAGGAGGUGCUGCAGGAGCUCGUCGGCGACAAGAGCCUCGAGCACUUCCGCUUGGAGUACGAGAAGCUCCACCGAGCUCUCAAGAAGUCACACGAAAGCGAGAAGAGACUCAUCAAGAAGUAGGUCUACGGGAGGAGAGCGAAUGCUCAGGUCCCUUCCAUGCCAUGCCAUAUGUGCGACUUCCUCUUCCUUCGCAGGUGUCGAGAGCUCAAUGCGGAGAUCGUCUCCAAUGCAGCCAAAGGUGAAGAAGGAGAGAAGACAACGAUUCAGAGCACUGAUAAGAUCGUUGACGCUGCGUGCCAUGUAUUGUCUGUCGCUCAGUGCAAACGGCACUCAAGCUCUCGCAAGAAGAUCAGGCCACCAUUGCCGCCCUCAAGAAGGUCACACAAUGACAAGAGCACAGCGCAAAAGAGGGCCAGGUGUGCGUGCAUUGUCCCUCUGUCGGAUCUGCAGGAGAUCGAGCGUGCCUGGAAGAUGGUCGAGGCGAGCCAUGAGAAGGAGCAGCGGGCCAAGGAGACCAUACACAAUCUCAAGAUCGAGAUUGCCAACCUCAGCAGGUGAAGAGGAACAUAUCGUGUGUGUCACGUGUUGGACGCAUCGACCUGUGCUGCUGUCAGGUUGGUCGAGCAGGGGGCCGGCCUGAGCAUCAAUCAGGAGAACACCGUCAAUGACCUGCUCAAGCAAAAGGAAGAGCUCAUGAAAGGUGGCCAUUGGCACACAUAUUGAGGGGGGGGGGGGGCACGGGGCAGCAAGACGGUGGGACGAGGCAGCAACAUCGUCGGACCGUCCUGCUGCCUCUGUCUGUCUCUGUGUAUGUCGCAGAGCGUGACGUGCUGAACACGACUGUAUCUCAGCUCAGCGCGCAGAACUCCGACCUCUUCGAGAAGCUCACCAAGCUGCAGACAGACAAGUCACAAGGUCUGCACAAGACACUGAGGCAACCGCAUUGAAUCGAAUCCACUAUGUCCAUGUUGCAGCUGAGGCCGAGAUCCAGAAUCUCAAGGAUCUGGUGCAGACCAAGAAGACCGAGACAGAGCGGGAACAACGCCGCAAGGAGAGGCUAGACAAGGAGCUCAAAGAAAUCCGCUCUACCCUUGAGCAGAGACACGGCGAACUCAAGCAGAAGGUGGGCAAGAAGGCUUUUGUGGAGCCCCUACUGCUGAUGAUCUCUCUCUCACUUACUUUUGCCACUCUGUGGUCUUCCUUUGCAGCAAACGCAGCUCACCCAAGAGCAAGCCAACGUAGGAAGAGUGAAUGACACUUAUAUGUAAAACAAGACAAUGCCUGCCUUCUUCAUGCAGACCCAGAGGCUAGAGCAGCAACUGGGCGAGCUGAAGAAGAUGCAGGAGCUCGAGCAGCGUCAGCAUCAGGAGCUGUCGCACAAGAUACAAGACGCAGAAGUGAAACUCAACCAGGAAAUCCUGAAAAACAGCAAACUCCUGGCCGACAACAAGUGAGGCCUGCCUGACGCCACCACGCCAGCUUUCCGCUUUUGGUCGUAUUGUGUGCCUUCGUGCAUCUGCUGUCAGUGAAAAGGAGGCCGAGCUCAAGACCCGCAAUGAGGAACUAACGCACCUGAGACAAGACAAGGUCAGCAGGAUCACGUGCCCUUUCUCUCUAACUGGCCCGCUCUCCGCUGCCUCUGGUGUGUGCAGGAGAAGGUGGUCAAGGGCUACGAUGCGGUCAAGAAGAAGCUCCAGCAGGUUGAAGAGGACCGCAAGGAAGUCGAGACACAGCGAAACUGUGAGACGCAUGAAGCGGGCAGGGCCCGUUGUCCCGCAUACCGUCUGUUGUCCUCGUGCCUGUAUCUGUGCAGCCUUGAAGGCGGAGAUCGUGGCCAUCAACCGCGAGAUCGACGGCCUGAAGAAAGCGGUCCGCGAAGCAUGAGGCUCGGAUACCCAAAAGGCCUCGUCGGUGGACAUGCUGGUGCCCCUCCUUGGUUUCUGUCUUUCAGGCCGACUCUGACAAGAAACAGAUCGAGGACCUUCUGCGCGAAAGGUGGGCUGACGUAGACAGACAGAUAUGAGACUUAUGAUAUCCUGUCUCGUUCGUUCAGGGACAUCUUAAACAAGAACGUGAUCAAAGCUGAUGGCUCGACGAAGAAGCAGAUCGACCUCGUCAAAGUCAGCCAGCUAGCCACACACAUGAGCAAGUGAGAAUGUGUGCAUGUCUGCCCCAUUGCUGUGUGGCGUCACAGCGUCACGAGACACAAGCCCUUCACCUGCAGAAGGACAUUCAGCGGUACAAACUCGACGCACAAGAGAUGAAGAAACGCAUCUACGAGCUGGAGAAACAGGUGAGUACACGCAUACAGUACAGGGACGCAGUCGCCCAGCCGUCCCGCCCCAUCUGUCGAUCCAUCUCGACAACAGAGGGAGAAGUACGGCAUAGAGUUGAGCCAGGCCAACAGCAAGUACAUCUCUGCCCUCGAGGAGCUCAAAAACCGCGACAACAAGCUCACAGAGCUCAAGAAGAACAUCGCCGACGUCAAGGCCCGCCUCAACCAGCAGAAGAACCUCUACGAGGCCGUCCGCACUGAUCGCAACCUCUACUCGAAGAACCUCAUCGAGUCACAAGACGAAAUCGCCGAAAUGAAGAGGUGACAGCGAGCAGAGGCAGAGGCAGAGGCAGCGGCGCCCCAUAUGUGCAUCACACACAUGGUGUGUAUCGUGCAGGAAGUUCAAGAUCAUGUACCACCAGAUCGAGCAGCUGAAGGAGGAAAUCAAGGAAAAGGACGCGGCACUCAUCAAGGAACACUUCGAACACCACAAGGUCGGUCGGUCAGGCAUAUAACCGUAGCAUCUGGUAUGCUUCCGUGUCGGUCAGGUGACCAAGGAGAACGAGAAGAUCAAGGACGACCUGCAGAAGGCCAAAAAGAGGAUGGCCUCACUCCAACAAAUCGUCGAGAACCAAAAGUGCGGCAGACGUCAUAAUCAAUCGGUCACCAUCACCUCUCUGUGUCCUCUGCUACAACAUAGGGCCGAGAUCAAGAAGUUGGAGUCGACGAUUCAGGAGGCCGAACAGGAGAGGCAGAACCAGAAGAAGGAGUACGAGGCCGUCAUCAGCGAGCGUGAUAUCAUGGGCACGCAGCUCAUCCGCCGCAACGACGAGCUGGCCCUGCUCUACGAGAAGAUCAAAAUACAACAGUCCACACUGCAGAAGGGCGAGACGCAGUACAGGGUGGGUAUCCUCCUUUAAGGGACAAAGGACACAGCGGCUGGGUGAAUGCAUUGUGUGUGGUCGUGUGUGCAGGAGCGUCUCGAGGACAUCCGUGCGUUGAAGCGCAAGAUCGCCAUGAUCAAGCGCGAGCUGCACCUUGCGAAACAGCAGGUCAGAGAAAGGGCCCGUGAGUGAGUGCCUUGCCCACGCAAUGGACGUCGAUGUGUGUCUGCAUACAGGUGAUCAACGUCGACGAGCUGAAGAGGGAGGUCUAUCAUCUGCAAAGGGAGCUGCUUCAAGGUACGAUCCCGACGCGCCAUGCGAAGCCAGUAUCUAUCUGCGGAUGUGCCUCUUCGUGUUUUCCGAUAUAUAGAGCGGACGAAGGUCAAGGCUCUUUCUGAGGAGCUCGAGAACCCAAUGAACGUGCACAGGUCGGCCCGCAGCUGACAUUCAACAUUCCCAUCUCUCACUGCAUGUCAUGUCUCUGUCCGCACACACACACAGGUGGCGCAAGCUGGAGGGAUCUGACCCGGCCACCUACGAGAUGAUCCAGAAGGUCAAGACGCUGCAGAAGCGGCUCAUAUCCAAGACUGAGGAAGUGGUUGAAAAGGACCUGCUCAUUCAGGAGAAGGAGAAGCUAUAUGUCGAGCUCAAGGUACGUUCGUGGACACACCCGCCACAGACAUGAGCGAUGUCUCGUGUGUGCGUCAGAACAUCUUGGCGCGUCAGCCUGGCCCUGAGGUUGCCGAGCAGCUCCAGGUCUACCAACAGGUAUCUAUCCUGCAGCCCUGAGAUGAGUCAGUGCACGGUGAGACAUGCAGAGACGGAUGUGUGUCUCUUUCAAUCAGAACGUGAAGGAGAAAACCAAGCAGAUGAAGAGCAUGGCGUCGGAGCUCAACAUGUACCACGCUCAGGUGGGGACGAGCCAUACGCAUGCACUUCACCCAAAGCAUAUCUUCUGCUGGAAUGGGUGCGCGUGUCCGUCAGGUCAACGAGUACAAGGACGAGAUCGAGCGGCUGACACGCGAGUUGCAGGACAUCAAGAAGCGCUACUUCGAGCAGAAAAAGCGCGAGAUGCAGCAGCGAGACGCGCAGAAGGGAGACAUGAAGCUGCAGGCCAUACCCAACCCGGACAUUCCACGAUUCACGGGAGGGGGCUAUAACUUGUCAAUAUGAUGGCACAUGGAUGGGCGUGAACGGCUGGGUAUUUGUCCCACUGAUUGACAGACAGACGCUUGCAGGGUCAGCUCGUUGUUCCAAAGACAUCCGCUACGUGUGUGUGUGUGUGUGUGAUGUUCGCUGCUCUCAAGACGUGCACUCGUUGACCCUCAAUCCAUCCUACAGAA